CAAUAAUCUAAGGGCCACUUAAAGUAAAAAAAAUUUUGUUUUAAAUAACCUUUUUGGGUAAGUCACUUUUUUCCUCUUGCAAAAUGCAAAAUAGACAUAUAUUAUGGAAAAAAUAUCUUAGUUGACAUUACAAAUAUAUAUUAUUAUUAAGAUAAAUUUAUUGCAGUUAAUUAAAAAAAUAUUUUACUAUUUACAUUACAUAAAUCAACAGAAACCAAGAAUUCCUUUAAUUGACACUUUAUUAAAUUUAUAAUGAAAAUUCUUUCACGCAUUUUAGAUUUCUGAAUACAAAUACAAUACCAGUUCAUACAAGACAAAAAUGCAUUUCUUCAAAGACUGUCAAAGACCGAAUGGACCGCGGGAGAGACAGGCCGUCUAGGAAACCGACAUCCCCGACAAAUUACCUUGCAUAAGCAACAAAAACAAGAUUAGGUUCGGGAACCGUCAGCUAUGAUUCAUCCGGCCAGGAAGCGAAACGGAGCGCGAAACGCGCUGUCUGCGUGUGCGCGGGAGCGAGAGCGUGAUCUUAAUCCUCUCGCAACACACAAAGAGCGAGCGGCGCGGACUCGGGGACGCAAAAGUUCGCCGUGAAUUGAAGGUAGGCGCGAGCGGACGACAGCGUCGAGACAGACUCGCUUUACGUUCGCGGCAACGUUCACCACGCGUAGCCCGUGAGGGCGAGAGGGCAGACGCUUACGGGCCUCGGCCUUUCUCGCGCGCGCGAGAGACUCCGAUAAUCGAUCGCGGGCGUCGGACCGCCGCCGCGCCGGGGAAGUCGGGCAACCGAGUCAACCGAGUGGCGUCGCGACGCACAGCGUGCACGCUCGGCGCUCGCCUGCCGCUUCCGUGGAACGUGUUGGCGGAGCACCGAGCCAGUAUGGCCGUAGGACCUCAGCUGUUUUCACGUCACUGCCUACGUAUCUGAGAGAGGAAAUUAUCGCCAGCACCGCCGUCGGCUUAAUCCAACGUUGAAUUAAAAAGAAGAGAAAAAAAAACACAGGAAAAAUGUCGUCGGUUAAGGUAGCGGUGAGGGUACGGCCCUUCAACUAUCGCGAGAUUAGUCGUCAGGCACAAUGUAUCAUAGAAAUGUCGGGGAGUACUACUUCCAUAGUGAAUCCAAAAGCUACACCAGGAAGCAAAGAAGCAGUCAAGAGCUUCAAUUAUGACUAUUCCUACUUUUCUAUGGAUCCAAACGAUGAGAACUACUCGACUCAGCUCAUGGUUUACAAAGAUAUUGGCGAAGAAAUGUUAGAACACGCUUUUGAAGGCUAUAACGUUUGCAUUUUUGCAUAUGGUCAAACUGGCGCCGGUAAAUCUUAUACCAUGAUGGGCAAGCAGGAAGAAGGCCAGGAGGGAAUAAUACCACAGAUAUGCAAGGAUCUGUUUAGGAAAAUCAGCAAUACGUCUAACGAGCGAUUGAAGUAUUCUGUAGAAGUGAGUUAUAUGGAAAUCUAUUGCGAGAGGGUGCGCGAUUUGUUAAAUCCGAAAAACCGGGGAAAUCUUCGAGUCAGGGAACAUCCUCUCUACGGACCGUACGUCGAAGAUCUUUCCAAACUGGCCGUAUUGUCGUACGAAGACAUUCACGAUCUCAUAGACGAGGGUAACAAGGCCAGGACUGUCGCAGCAACCAAUAUGAACGAGACAUCUAGCAGAUCGCACGCAGUUUUCACAAUAUUCUUUACACAACAGCAACAGGACAAUACCACUGGUUUAAUGUCGGAAAAAGUUAGCAAAAUAUCGCUAGUUGAUCUGGCCGGAUCCGAGAGAGCUGAUUCGACAGGUGCGAAAGGAACACGAUUGAAAGAAGGAGCUAAUAUUAACAAAAGUUUGACGACUCUCGGGAAGGUUAUCAGUGCCCUUGCCGAAAUUGCGGCAACGAAAAAGAAGAAAAAGGCCGAUUUUAUACCAUACAGAGACUCCGUUUUAACAUGGUUAUUGCGAGAGAACUUAGGUGGAAAUUCAAAAACUGCUAUGAUUGCAGCAGUUAGCCCUGCCGACAUCAAUUACGAUGAAACACUUUCAACCUUACGAUACGCAGAUAGAGCGAAACAAAUUGUUUGCAAAGCUGUGGUCAACGAGGACGCGAAUGCCAGGCUUAUCAGAGAACUCAAGGAAGAAAUACAGAAACUACGGGAACUUCUAAAGCAGGAGGGCAUCGAUGUCCAAGAAGGGCCAGAUGGUAAAAUUACAUACGAAAAGAAAGAACCUAGGGACGAAAUUAUUAGAACGAAUAAGCGAAACGAAGAAGACACCAAGGAAAGUCGAUCAAGGAUUUCGUCUCACGCUACAUCUACUAUUGCCGAAGAGGCGGUUGAACAAUUGCAAGCGUCCGAGAAAUUAAUUGCAGAACUGAAUGAAACAUGGGAAGAGAAGUUGAAGCGAACCGAAUCGAUUCGCUUGCAACGCGAAGCGGUAUUCGCCGAAAUGGGAGUCGCUGUGAAAGAGGAUGGCGUCACAGUGGGCGUCUUCUCUCCUAAGAAAACACCACACUUGGUAAAUCUGAACGAAGAUCCGCUUAUGUCGGAGUGUCUGAUUUACUACAUCAAGAAUGGAUUUACACGCAUCGGUAGCGCUGAAGCGCACGUGCCUCAAGAUAUCCAGCUAUGUGGUCCGCAUAUACUUAGGGAGCAUUGCGUUUUCGAGAAUCACGAGGGGAUUAUAACUCUCAUACCAAAGAAUGGAGCCUUGAUUUAUGUCAAUGGUCGCGAGGUAACUGAACCACUUAUCCUAACGACCGGCUCACGCGUCAUCUUAGGAAAAAGCCACGUUUUCCGAUUUAAUCAUCCAGACCAAGUACGCGAACGGAUAGCGAACGGGUCUCCAGCAGAAACUCCUGGCAAUAACGAACCAUUAGCUGACUGGAAUUUCGCGCAAGUCGAGCUAUUAGAAAAACAGGGUAUUGAUCUAAAGGCUGAGAUGGAAAAGAGACUACUCGUACUAGAGGAGCAGUUCCGUAAAGAGAAGGAGGAAGCGGAUCAGCUAUUCGAAGAGCAGCGAAAAAGUUACGAAGCGCGAAUAGACGCCCUGCAGAGACAGGUGGAAGAACAAAGUAUGACAAUGUCUAUGUAUAGCAGUUACACGCCUGAAGACUUCAACAAUAUCGAGGAAGAUAUUUUUGUCAACCCAUUAUUUGACGCAGAGAGCAACUGGACCGAGAGAGAAUUUCAACUGGCCGCUUGGGCCUUCCGCAAGUGGAAAUAUCAUCAAUUCACGAGUUUACGGGACGAUCUUUGGGGCAACGCGAUAUUCCUUAAAGAGGCUAAUGCUAUAUCCGUUGAACUUAAAAAGAAGGUUCAAUUCCAAUUUACUUUACUCACGGACACUCUUUAUUCGCCCCUACCUCCGGAUCUUUUACCUAUUAUGGACGAAGAAGAGGAGGAUGAAAGACCGUUCCCACGUACGAUUGUUGCUGUUGAAGUUCAAGAUAUGAAAAAUGGUGCUACACAUUACUGGACGUUGGACAAGCUAAGACAAAGACUGGAGUUGAUGCGUGAGAUGUACCACAAUGAAGCCGAACUCUCACCUACGUCUCCAGAUUUUAAUAUUGAAUCUAUCACGGGAGGUGAUCCAUUUUAUGACCGAUUUCCAUGGUUCCGCAUGGUCGGCAGAGCUUUCGUGUAUCUAAGCAACCUCAUGUACCCGGUGCCGUUAAUUCACAAAGUAGCCAUCGUGAACGAAAAGGGCGACGUUAAGGGUUAUUUGCGAGUCGCUGUACAGGCCGUAGUUGAAGAGGAAAACAGCGAAUAUUCAAGUGGCGUCAGACAAUCAGCGCGAAUCUCCUUCGAGGAUGAUUUGUUUGGCGGGCAUAAGCAUAACAAGCGUAGCUCGCUUUUGGCUCAAACUCUAGAGAAGAAUCGACAGAUUAUGCUACACGAGGAGCGCGUGGUCGAAGGACAUAACGAGAUCAAUCAGAAAGACAUGAAGGACGAGGACGACAUAGGCGACGCCGACAGCGGUAGAGGCGACAGCUCGGUCUCGAGCGACAUGAAGGAGGAAGAGUUGCCGGAUCACUUGCAACCCGGUACAGAAUUCACUUUCAGGGUAACGGUCCUACAAGCUAUGGGCAUUUCCACGGAAUAUGCUGACAUUUUCUGUCAGUUCAACUUCCUACAUCGACACGAUGAAGCUUUCUCGACAGAGCCGGUAAAGAACACGGGCAAGGGUAAUCCACCCGGAUUUUAUCACGUACAGAACAUUACAGUCACGGUUACUAAGUCCUUCUUAGAAUAUUUGAAGACUCAACCUAUUGUCUUCGAAGUGUUCGGUCAUUAUCAGCAACAUCCGUUGCACAAGGAUGCAAAACUGGAAUACAGCGUACGACAACCACCGAAGAGGAUGCUUCCGCCAUCUAUACCGAUCAGCCAGCCAGUUCGUUCGCCAAAAUUCGGAAGUGUCUUGCCAUCUCCCAGCACAUCGCAUGUGCACGCCAAGUAUGACGUGCUGGUAUGGUUCGAAAUCUGCGAAUUGGCACCAAACGGCGAGUACGUGCCGUCGGUGGUGGACCAUAGCGACGAUCUGCCAUGUCGUGGACUGUUUCUGCUUCAUCAAGGAAUACAGCGACGCAUACGAAUCACCAUUGUGCACGAACCAGCCUCCGAAUUAAGAUGGAAAGAUGUGCGCGAGCUUGUGGUUGGCCGCAUUCGAAAUACUCCAGAACCCGAGGAAGAGGAUAACGAUUCGUCCGUGCUUUCACUUGGUUUGUUCCCAGGAGAGUAUCUCGAGAUCCCUGGCGACGAUCGGACCAUGUUCAGAUUCGAAGCAGCCUGGGACAGCUCGUUGCAUAACUCGGCUCUGCUUAAUCGAGUCACGUCUUACGGAGAACAAAUCUUUAUGACCAUCUCCGCGUAUCUUGAGUUGGAGAAUUGUGGAAGACCUGCCAUUAUCACGAAAGAUCUAAGCAUGAUCAUCUACGGCAGAGAUGCGAGAGUUGGACCACGCUCGCUUAAGCACCUAUUUAGCGGCAGCUAUCGCAACCAGGAAGCGAAUCGGCUCAGCGGUGUCUAUGAAUUGGUGCUACGUCGUUCUUCGGAAGCAGGUAGCCCAGGAGUUCAAAGACGUCAACGACGUGUCUUGGAUACAAGCUCCACGUAUGUCAGGGGCGAGGAGAACUUGCACGGAUGGAGACCGCGCGGAGACAGUCUCAUAUUUGAUCAUCAGUGGGAGCUCGAGAAGUUGACGAGAUUGGAAGAAGUUGAAAGAGUACGGCAUACAUUAUUGUUGCGGGAAAAACUCGGCAUUGACAAAAUACCAUUCUGCAAUAAACCUCUACACGAUUUCACGAAGAGCGAAAAGGAUGUUUGUAAUAUGGUGGCAAAGGCCACAAAUGAGCCACAUGCCAGCCCGGUGAAGCUGAAACGUUCAACGAGUAAAGACGUAUACGAACCGUGGGAAAUGACCGAAAAGGAGCGUGAAUUAACAACCAAGUAUAUUAAACUUAUUCAAGGAAGGAUCCCAAGCAAGGAACCGAUAUUGCUCUCCGACGUUUCGCCUGGCGAGGACACUAUAACCGAUUUAUCCGCGUCUAUGAUGUCUUCUGUUAUAUCAUCCUCAUCUCAAGAGUCAGUAUAUACGAGAGCUAGCGAUUUAUUAGAGCAGGCUGCUGAUAUAAUAAUAUGGAGCAGAUCUAAGUCGUGCCUCCUUAGGUUGAGCUCACCAGAGAGGGCUAGGCUGCAAGAGCUUCAGGAGAGUAUAUUAGCGAGUGAGUCGGCUAAUCAGACCUGCACUGUCGCACCGCCACCUCUCGGGUCAUCUUCACCAUCGAAGGAAAAUCUGGUAUUGUACGUGCCGGAAGUGGAGGAGAUACGUAUUAGUCCGGUCAUCGCGCGAAAGGGCUACUUGAACGUUCUUGAACACAAAACUAACGGCUGGAAGAAACGCUGGGUGGCUGUCCGCCGACCGUAUGUUCUCAUUUUCCGAGAGGAGAAAGAUCCCGUCGAAAGGGCAUUAAUUAAUUUAGCUACAGCUCAAGUUGAAUAUUCUGAGGAUCAAUUGGCUAUGGUAAAAGUACCGAAUACUUUCAGUGUUGUCACCAAGCACAGAGGAUACUUGCUGCAGACUUUAGGUGAUAAGGAAGUCUACGAUUGGCUGUAUGCGAUUAAUCCUCUUCUAGCUGGUCAAAUUAGGUCAAAACUUGCCCGUAAAAAUCCGGCAGCCCCAAAUUUAAGUAACGGUGCGCCGAUUGGCAUAACACCGCAACUGGAGCAGCAAAAUAAUCAGACCAAGUGAGUGGUCGACACUAUGGCCGGGGUAACGAGUGCAAUAGCGAAGGCGUCGGAAAGAAUGCUGUGUUGGUCACACUCGGCCUUAGAGUCCCAAGACUUCUGUAAUUUUCGUUUUCCGCUAGUCUUCGAGUGACCGGCCGGAGGCGAAGCUUGAGACUAUCCACGAUCGGCAGCAUAUAUCGACGUUUUACUUUACACAGCGUCCCCUUAGCACGUUGUAGGACAGUAAGAGCGGGGAAAAAAGAAGGAAAAGAAAAUGGUGCUCGUCUUUCGAAGAAGUUACAAAUGCGUUCGGUUACAUUAUCCUGAAAAAAAUUAUAUUUGCUUUCGAGUCUCUCCGUACAUUUCGAACUCGCAUUCGAACUGCUCCCCACGUCGAUGAGACAAGGUUGCGCGCACACGAGCGCCAAAUAUUUUCGUUGAAUUUUUAUUUCCGUAACACACGACGAAAUUACAUGUACUCCUUAAGUAUGCGAAGUAUGUGACGUGUGAGGAAAAUAGAAAAUGCAUUUAUGCCUAAUAUAUUUCUAAGACGGGACACUGAAAAUCAAGAUAAGAAAUACACAUUAUAGAUAUAUCUGUAGAGGAGGAAGUAUGCAAGAGAAAGUGAGAAAGAGAGGGAGAGAACAAAAUAAACGAGAGACAAAAUAUUAAUAAUUUCAUACGCAAGCUUAACAAUCGCUUAACACGAGAAAGAUUAUUACGACGGAGAAAGAGCGUUAAAAUUUUGUAAAAUAAUUCCGGCAAAUGAUUAAGAUCCGUUUAAGAUAGUAUGCUGUCUAAGCAUUUUAGAUCGUUUAAAAGAGAGGAGACAAUUUUCUAUGAGAAUUACAUUUCCAUUUUUUCCGUUCAUUCGUUUUUUUCUUUACUCGAUCAAGCAUAUUAGACACAUACAGAUACUGAUACUGACUUCGAUUUCCGUGUAAAAGUUCAUACGCUACUGUACACGCAAUCGAUCGGCUGUUGCUCAAUGAAGAUUUUACCUUCUUAAGAGAGUUCCGCUGCUAAAUCAAAAUGAAUAGAUUUUCAUGAAACUUUGUAGAGAAGUUCAAAUUAGUGAUAUAAAUUGACUGUCAAAAUUUUAUAAAGCUGAACUAGCUAAUUAUUUAGAUAUUAAAUAUUUUGUUAACAUGGGCUCUUACGAGAAUCGAUGAAUUUUCAAGAUUUUUCAGUUUUUAUUGUCGUAUUAAACAUAGAAGUAAUGAACAGAUAUUAGUGAAACUUUACAAUGAUAUAUCUUAGCUGUCCAGAAAAGUACUGUUAAAUUUUUGAAACAAUGCACUUGCUCGUUUGAGUGAAAUAAUUGAUAAGAUAAAAAAAGUUUACGUUAAUCGAAGUAAUACAGCACGUAAGUGUGGUAAAUGUGUGCUAGUGAUAUAACAUGAAUUUCAAAUUGUUGUAUUUAGUUAUCUAAGGAUGGUAUAAUAGUGAAGAAUGUUUAUUCUCAAUUUAAAAAAAAAUUAUUUCAGUAAUGAAGGUAGUACUUUAUAGCCAUUUUUUUCUUAUAUUCACCAUUAUUAACUUUAGACCAUAUACAGCAAAAAAAAGAAGGCAAUAAAAUGGUCAUUUGAAUAUUUUUCUUUACUUGAACCCCCUGUGCCACUUAUUGUGCCAGGGCUGAGCAGAGGAACUCUCAUGAGAAUUCGAAUAAUUUUAGUUGCAACGCGCGCGUAUUAUAAGAUAGGAUAAUAUUGCUCCAAAGCGACGAUAUCAACUUUGCAUCGGAAUGAAAAAAGAUUUAAACAUCAUGUAAGAUAUAAAACCUAAAAAGCAACAAAAAUGGGAGAAAAAAAUAAUCAUUUGGAGCGCACGAAACUUGUAGACUUGUAAAAUACUUUCUUUUAACGUAGUUUAAAAUGUUUUUCGCAUCACAUCACGCUGUUAUUCUCUUUUUAGUACUUGACAGCUAUCAUUUUGAUUAUACAAAUGGACUAAAGAGUUUAAAAGCAAAGAGGUACGAAAAACGAAAGUUCUUAAGAAUGGAUCAAGUACACAAACAAUAACUCUCUGUUUCUAAGAAACUUUAUCCAAAAAUAAUUUUAAAAUCUCGCAACAAUAAUAACAAUUUGUAUGAAACUUUAUUAUAAUUCUAAUAAGAAUUAUAAAACAUAUAACUAUAUUUUUUUACGUCAAAAAGUGUGAAAACGUUAAACAAUUUAACAGUUAUGGUGCACACCCAUGACGCUGCUUUAGUGAAUGUCAGAACAUUUAAAUUACCCUUAUAUAUAACUUCUUACAUUUAAUCGUAGUUACAUCGUAAUAUCUAUCGAGGAACAGAAAAUUUAUUAUUAAUAAUAAAAUGAGUUCUGUGAUUACUAUGUAUAUUUUGUUUUUACUGUUUUGAUGUAUUUAUUUUAUAAAAAUAUGUGAAAACAUGUGCAUUUUAAUGCUAGAUUAAUAGAAAUUUAUAAAAUAUAAUGGUCAUUUUAAAAAAUGUGUUAUGACGAUGACUAAAAUAAAAAAGACAAGGUAAAAAAAAUUGAAUUUUAAGAUAAGCUGCGCAAAUUAGAACAAAAUCUCAAAUUAUUAUCACUGUUGCGAGAGUGUUUUACAUAAAGAAAAUUAAUAUUUCGAUGUGAACAGAAAAAUAAUAUUACUGCAAAAACUUCUUCGAAACACGAAUAAAUGCGUAGUCGACAAGCAAGCGGCGCGAUCGGACGGAAUCGCAAGAAAUUUUCCAUUUAUAAUCGACCGAGACCACCACGUUGAUACGAAGCUUAGGAUUUUUGCAUUUCGUAUCUCGCAGCAUGCGAAAUAGAUAAAAUUACGCUAAUCUAUGAAUAUAAACGUCACACUCAGACACAUCGUGUUUUCAUGUCUACUUAGAGUUUAAGCUCCUCGAAGACGUUCGUCAUGCAGUGCGGCUUACAUCCGCGAAUGUAUCCGCGACGAAUGUGCGUUGACGAACGUAAUUGAUGACUUCGUCUAAUGAGGAAAUGUUCAAUUUUGGAUAAUCGAAUUUACUCACUUUCAGCUUUAAUGUAAUAAAAUUUUAAAAAGAAUAUAUAUAAUAUAUACAUGUAAAUUUUGUCAUCUUAUAUGCAUAAAGCGACCAAAUUUGUUUUAUAAUAAAACUAAUUUUUUAAUGAAGUUAUAGUUAAAAUUACAGAAAAAAUUUGAUUAUAGAAAGGAUUUAUCGUUCGAUCUAAAUUUCUUCAAAAACAAAGCAAUGUAUUUUUCUCAUUUUUUCCUCUUUAGAGAGACUCUAAAGAUAAGUAGAAGUUCGACGUUUAAAGUUCGACAACCCGAAAUUGAUAGCUUCUUCGUAAGACCGUAGAUGAUUGCGCUGUUUCGAGGCUUUUACUAACUUCUCUUAUGUGUAACAGAAUUUGGGGGUAACGAGUGCGGCUUUAUAAAUACAUGUGUCUACCGUGCACCUUACAUGGAGAACUCUUAACAACUUUGAUAUUAACUCACGAUACACGCGAUACUACGGUGUCUAAGUUCGAGAUGUAGUCAAGGAAGGAUUCGUUCUCUUGUAUAUGUAUUACGUAUAUAAUAGCAUUUCACAAUGAUUAACAUAUAGUACCGAAACAUUUCACACACAGCAAAAACCCGACUUAUUUGAUCCUAUCGAAUAUGUUAUUCAAUGUCCACAUAGUCAAAUCUAUUGAAAAAGGAUUUUGUAAAACAACUACCAAUUUUCUCAGUAAAAUGUUAGCAAAAAUAUAACAGCAGAUUAACUGCAGAAAUCGAAUAAAAUUUUAUUCCGUAAUCACAUAUUCGGUUUAAAUCGGUUAAACAAAAAAGUAGCGUUGCAACAUAUAUAUUGUCAAACAUUUAAAUAUAAUUAGUUUAUAUGUUUAUAUCUAUGAAGAACUGAAGACAAGAAUCAAUGAUAUUUAAAAAUCUUACAACAGUUUCAAAGCUACUGUCUUUGUUAAACGCCAUCUUAUAUGAAACAGACUUUAUUCGAUUUUUUACAAAAAAUUGGUUGUUAAGUUAUGUCGGUAAUUCUGUUGGCAAAACACAAGCUUAAUAUAAACGCAAUUGAUGCUAAUAUUCCUGCUAUAGUAUUCUCCUCGAUUCUGCGACAAGGUGCUAGUAUGCUGUUAACAUUUUGCUUACUGAGUAAACAUCCAUGUACAAUCGAAGGUAUACGUGUACACAUUUUGUAAUUAUAUAUUGGGCUCUACAUCGCUUCUUCACAUUCUGCGAUUGUUAUUUGAGAGCGUGUCCAUGGUUCGAUGUAAGUUCUACAUAAUACUCUUUAUCACCCAAGUGUUACUGAUAUCAUAAGCCUUUAUAGUUUUCAUUCCUUCAGCAAGAAAUCUCAUUCAAGCUCCUUUCGCAAAUGCGAAAUAUUUCUUAAAUGUUAUCCUUCCAUCGAAGUGAUCCAUCGAUUUCGUGUACCUUAACGUUUCUCGAGGGACAAGUUUCUGACUAAGAUUCUCCAACGGGACAGAUGGUCUCCGUGGAUGUUAAUAAUGGAAUUUAACGGAAGAUGGCUGUAAAUUCUGAUUCUCUUGAUUCUAAUCAUAAAGGCGCUGCGCGUGCUCGAUCCUAAGAGACCGAUUAUAUCUUUUCUUCAUUUUUCUCCGAUCGCCCACACACGAUUCUCGAUCGUGGCUUCAUACCCGAGUGUAAACGUCCCGUCACCGAUUAUCCGUUUUCGCUUGCUGACUGUUGUAGUUACCUGAUAAGUUUAUUUUGUUAAUAACACACCACCGUAUGAUGUAUCGAAAAAUAAAUGCAUAAACAUAAGUUGAACUUUAGACUCUCUAUCGACUAUGCCGAAGAGCAAAGUGGUAUACACGAUGAUGAGUAGAUGACAGAAAGAAAAGGUAAAAAAAGAAGCACAUAUAUUAUGAGAGGAAUUUACAUCGCAUUUAAGUCGUUGGAGAGAUUAAUAAUCAUUGUUAUUAUUAGUAGACAAAAUAUAGGAGAGAACAGAACGGACACUGCGAGAAUGAGUGCGUAUGAGAAAGAAAAGAGAGAAAAAGCGAGAGAAGACCCGAGUUGAAAUGCAUGAAAGAGGUGUGUGUAUGUGCGUGUAUGUGUGUGCGUAUGUGUGUGCGCGUGUGCGUGAGAGAGAGAGAGAGAAGACAUGUUCGCUUAUAUAUACAUAAUACAAAGUAUAAAUUAUAUAAAUAUUUAAAUAAAUUUAAUGUUACUUUAAUCAGCAUUCCUUUGUGAAACAUUCACAAAGGAUACAUUUAUGGAUCACUGUGAGGCGAUGACGGGAUAGCUAACGACGCAAUGCGAUCUGUACCAAGUAUAUAAGUUCGUGUGUUUGUUUGUAAAGUAACCAGACAUUCAUUAUGAAAUAAAAUUUUCGUUUGAUCGUUUGCUGUCGAAAACGUGCAUCGAUGCUGUAACUAGUAUUUAUUAUAAAUAUUAUAUUAUGGUUACUCGAAUAUUUCGCUAGGCUCACUGUAAGUGGUAACGUGUAAUAAAUCGGUCAAUAAAAAGC